CCACUUGUGCUGUGACAUUGCCCCUCCAUUUCACAAAAGAAAAAGAUAGGUAUGAGUUCUCCAGCUUUUGGUGGGCUUUAGAAGAUUGGCAUAGUGAUCCUCAUUGCGCGUCGAAGAAAUUCCAUAAAGCAGUAUUUGCUUGCCAAGCUAUAUAUAUAUAACACACUCAAACAGACAGACAAAACAUAAGCUUGGCACAAAGAGAGUCCUGAGACUGAGUGAGGGUAAGCCAUGGAGAAGACAAGCAGGAAUUUGGAAGUAAAUUCGACCUCUGAAAUCGGAGAUGGCGAUCAGAUUCCCCAUCACCAGGUGUCUGUGGAUUGGAGAGGUCGACCUUGCCGAGCCAACACGCAUGGUGGAAUGACUGCCGCCGUUUUCGUUCUCGGUCUCCAAGCGUUCGAGAUGAUGGCGAUUGCCGGGGUCGGGAACAAUCUGAUAACGUAUGUGUUCAACGACAUGCACUUCCCUCUGUCCAAAUCCGCCAACAUCGUCACCAACUUCAUCGGCACCGUGUUCCUCCUCUCCCUCCUCGGCGGCUUCCUCUCCGACUCCUACCUUGGAAGCUUCUGGACCAUGCUCGUCUUCGGCUUCGUCGAGCUCUCCGGAUUUGUACUGCUGUCCAUCCAAGCACAUCUCCAGCCACUGAGGCCACCAAGAUGCAACAUGAAUGAUGCCCGAGGGCCCCAUUGCGAGGAGGCAAGUGGCUACAGGGCUCUCAUCUUCUAUGUGUCCCUCUGCUUGGUGGCGCUUGGGAGUGGCUGCUUGAAGCCCAACAUCAUCUCCCAUGGCGCUGACCAGUUCAGGAGGGAGGACUCCAAGCAGUCCAGGAGGCUCUCCACCUACUUCAACACCGCUUACUUCGCCUUCUGCACAGGGGAGCUUAUCGCCCUCACCGUCCUCGUCUGGGUCCAGACGGAAUCCGGGAUGGAUGUCGGAUUCGGCGUGUCUGCCGCCGCCAUGGUGGUCGGGAUGGUCAGCCUGAUCUCGGGAGCCCUGUUUUACAAGAACACGCCUCCUCGCGGAAGCAUCUUCAUCCCGAUAGCCCAAGUUUUUGUGGCUGCAAUCACAAAGAGAAAACAAAUCUGUCCUUCAAAUGCAGGCAUGCUUCAUGGGAACAAAAUCACUGAAUCUAAGAAUCAGGUUCCCCCUGCUGCUGCCGAGAGCUGCAAUCUCAGCCACACCGAAAAGUUCAGAUUCCUAGACAAGGCCUGCAUCAGAAUACAGGAUGGAGCUAAGGACAGCGAGAGCCCGUGGAAACUAUGCACCGUCGGGCAAGUAGAGCAGGUGAAGAUCAUUAUCUCGGUCAUCCCGAUCUUUGCCUGCACCAUCAUCUUCAAUACCAUCCUAGCGCAGCUCCAGACGUUCUCGGUCCAACAGGGGAGUUCCAUGGACACCCGAAUCACGGACCACUUCCAUGUGCCCCCAGCGUCCCUGCAGGCCAUCCCUUACCUCAUGCUCAUCGUGGUCGUCCCGCUGUAUGAGACUGUGUUCGUCCCCGUCGCCCGUCGCCUGACCGGGAGGGACUCAGGGAUCUCCCCGCUCCAAAGAGUCGGGAUUGGGCUCUUCGUCGCGAGCUUCUCAAUGGUCUCGGCAGCGCUGGUCGAGAAGAAGAGGAGGGACUCGAAACUGCAGCGUCACGAGACUCUCUCCAUAUUCUGGAUAGCCCCGCAGUUCCUCAUAUUUGGGCUCUCGGAGAUGUUCACUGCGGUCGGGCUCAUCGAGUUCUUCUACAAGCAGUCGGUCGAGGGGAUGCAAUCCUUUUUGACCGCCAUGACUUACUGCUCCUACUCAUUCGGGUUCUAUCUGAGCUCACUCCUGGUCUCAGUGGUCAACAAGAUCACCUCAACUUCAUCAUCCUCUGUUGGUGGGUGGCUCGGUGACAAUGACCUCAACAAGGACAGGCUUGACCUCUUUUACUGGUUAUUGGCUGCACUAAGCUUCAUCAACUUCCUCAGCUACCUCUUCUGCUCUUCAUGGUACUCUUACAAUCCAUCUCCAUCAUCUUCCACACCACCAACCAAAUCCCAUAUCGGAGGAAGACCGCAACCUGAUCAACCCAUCUGAACACGAAAGAGCCUGAUCAUAUAUUGCUCUAAUUAGACCCGGGAUUGCGUUUAACUUUGUCAAUCCAGUUGACUAGGUAAUCUUACCGAUCACUUACUGAAAGCUAGCAAUACAGAGUGAUUACUUCUGUUUUUGGGAACUACGGCACUGUCUGGCUAGAUCAAUGACGGCCCCAUUU